AUGGCCACGCCGCUGCUCGACGAUCCCCCUAUCUCUACCGCCUUAAAAGCCCAGGAUUCUCCUAGCGCAAACCCCAAUAUCGCCGUCCCUUUUAAUGCUGCGACAAUCCUCCCUCCCGCUACGAUGGCCACCGGGCCUAAAGACCAGACAGUCGCGAGCAUUGCCGCGCCGGCCGCCGCUACUACCGCGAGAACUGUCGUGAUCAUCUACGGCCAGAACCAAGAGCAUAUUGUACAACUGGUCGCGGAAAUUCUGGGCAAGCCAUGGACAACAGAUAAGUCGCUUGGGACGCUUGCGCGAGCCAGCAAUGCAUUGGUAGUGGGAAUCUUAGCGCACGAUCUAGCGCGGAGCUUAGAAGGAUGCGAGCGAUCAUCUCUGGUCCUGGUAAACACGUACUGCGUGGAAGACGGGUCUGCGCCGGAAGACGCGCUCACCGAGAGCUGUGACUAUGAGUUCUUAUAUUCGCGGAGUCCGUUCCUGCGCCGGGACCUGGCGCGGUUUUUGUCUUUGAUUCUUGGCCAGACGAGGCCGCAUGAUGAUUUGCGGACCAAGCCUAGGACGAAUUUUAUCUCGACUACUUUUCCGGAUGUGCAUGCUGCUUUGCCGAAUUUGGAUAUCCUGUCUGUGGGGUCGGAUGCUGUUGAGAUCCGUGUGGAUUUGCUGGUUGAACCUGUGCCGGAGGGCUCGACCGCUCCGCUAGUUCCGAGUUUGAAGUAUGUUGGUCAGCAGUUGAUGCUGUUGCGGCAGCAUACCGAGUUACCGAUUAUCUUUACUGUUCGUUGUACGAGGGAGAAUGGAAAGUUCCCGGUAGAUGACCCUGCGCUCUGUUACAGAUACCUGCGGCGCGCGAUACAGUGGGGAGUCGAGUAUAUUGAUGUGGAAGUGUGGUUGCCGGAGGAUAUACGGCGACAGCUGUUCGAGGCAAAGGGCCAUAGUAUGAUUUUAUCUGCCUUCCAUGACAUGUCCGGGACCUGGAAGUGGACAUCCGAAGAGGCGCAGCGCAUAUUCAUGGAAAGCGCCAAAUACGCCGACAUCGUGAAGAUGAUCGCCAUGGUCCACACAAUCGAGGAAAACUACGAACUAGAAUACUUCCGCUCUACCAUCAAAAACCGAGGCUCAGGGCCACCACUGUCAGCAGUCAACAUGGGCCAAAUGGGCCAGCUAUCUCGAGCCCUCAACACCGUUUUCUCUCCAAUCACCCACCCCCUCCUCCCAAUGAUCGCGGCCCCGGGCCAACUAACGGCAGCGGAGAUCAACGAGGCCCUACACAUAAUGGGCCAACUCCCCAAACGCGAGCUCUACGCCAUCGGCUCAUUCCGCUCAACCCCACACUCAAUGUUCAUGGAGAAAUGUAUAAACGAGCUCGGCCUCCCGCACAACUUCACCUCAGUCGACCUGGGCCCAAAAGGCUCCAUGGAAUCCGUCCUCCUACAACCGCACUUCGGCGGCGCCUACGUCAAUCCCCCCGUCCCAACCACAACUAGUUUCAUCCCUGCAGUCAGCGACGCAGCCCGCGCAAUCGGGUUAGUCGACACAAUCGCCAUGACACCCGACGACACCGCUUUAGGAACAUGCCGAUUAAGUGGCGAAAAUGCCGCCUGGAAAGGCAUCCGCGCAACUCUGACGCGCGAGUACGUGCCAUCCGCUUACAGCAGCCGGGCGGCGAUAAUUCUCGCCAGCUCGCAAGCAGACGCUUCAGCGGCGAUUUUCGCGCUACGCAGUCUGGCCGUUGGCGCAAUCUACACAGUCGGGUUUAAAGCGAGUGGCCCGCUCGCGGCGGGUUUGGAGCCGUUCACGUCCAUCCAAUCCGUGAAACGGGUCGAGCAGCCCUUUGUUAUUGUCUCUGCGCUGCCUCCGGAGAAAUCGCUGCUCGUGCAGCCUCUGCUGAGGCAUUAUGGUGUUAAUGGUCGUUCGUCGCCGCCUUCUACUCGUGGGAAGGUUUAUCUUGAUCUUACGAGCGGGACAAGAAAGGGGGAUCCGUUGGCUGUUGCUACUAGUGCUGGGUGGACGGCGUAUGGAGUUGAAGAUGUUAGCGCUUGGACUACCGUUGAGACGCUUAGGUUGCUUGUUGGGCAAAAUGUGCCGUUUGACUUCGUGCGCAUGGCGUCUGGGAGACCUCUGUUCUAG